UCCAAACAGUCUGGGAUCAAAGGCAGCUGCCUCCACAUAUCAGUGGCAGUUUCUGUUGACACCGGAAGUGCCUCUAAACGCUACCGCUGACAUUACUGAGCUAGCCCUUACUGUGUUUGGAGCACAGGUUCGGAGGGAACAUGGCGGGUCUGGAGGUGUUGUUCACCUGUGUCUCCGGCGGCAUCAGCUGCCCUCAGGACGCGGCGGUGUGCUUCGUCCACUGGGAGAUGAUAAAGAGCGGACUCCGGUGCGUCGGCUCCGGAGACGUGCCCCUCAGCACUGAUAAGAAAUCCGAGCUUCUUCCUGCCGACUGGAGCAGCAACAAGGAGCUGUACAGUCUGAGAUAUAAAGCCAGCGACAGUGACAGCGACACACAACUGCUGCUCAAAGCCAUCACUGUUGACUCCAGCUUGAUCUUCAACCUGAUGAACUCCAGCACGCAGCAGGUGUCCGACCUCACGGUGAACGUCAGCGAUCACGUGGAUGCUGACCAGCUGCACACGUUUGACAGUGUCUACAAAGACACAGACAGUCUGUCAGAGAAGGUGAAGACUCAGCUGCUGCCCCCUCAGGACAGACCGAUGGGACAGAGGACAGAGAGGAAGAGCCGGAGGGAGGAAGAGGAGGACAGAAGAAGAAGAGAGAGCGAGCCCCUCCACAUGCCCAGCAGGCAUCCUCGCCAGGGAACACAGCCGCACUGGCCUGACCCCAUGGCUCCUCCCUUUGCUGUUGGAGGAGCAGAUCUGGAUCCUUUUGGGUCUCGUGGCGGUGGCGGGAUGAUAGUCGACCCGUUGAGGUCGGGGUAUCCUCGCUCUGGUUUUGACCCGUCCAGCGGGAUACCAGACAUUCUGCCUCCCGGAGCCGUUCCCCCAGGAGCUCGCUUCGACCCGUUUGGACCAGUCGGACAACGCAGAGCAGGGCCGGACCCGGACCACUUGCCUCCUCCUGGUUAUGACGACAUGUUCAUGUAGCAGCAGUUUCCUGCUCUUCUUCUCUCGUGCUCGUCUUCAUCUCCUCCGGGGUUUGAAAAGAAAACCUUUUCCUUUUUGUUUUCUGAUGUGUUCAUUUCAUAGAACUAAUGUGUUUAUAACUUGUGUGGAAGAACGCUGAAGAUCCGUGUUCUUGAUGUGUGAAAUAUACAAUAAAUAAAUGAUUUGCUGGAGACUGUCGUUAAGAAAACUGCAUUUUGACUAAAACCUGAUCAUAAUAAUAAUAAACGAUCAUAAUCGUUUUUUUGUCUUGACGUCUGAACAUUUAGUUUUUUAGGAGACAUAUUUUGAAACAGAGAAAAAAAGGACAACCUGUUAAAAGAUCAUUUUAAAUAUCAGAGUGUGAAGGAAGUGAUUCCUCACACACUCAGUCCUUCAGAGUAAAACCUCCUCAGUGUCUAACGUUAGAUUCUCAUCACAAUAAACCACAUCUCAUAUUUGUAAUUUAUUCAUGAGGACGUUUUCUUGAGCUUGUGUUUUGCAAACUUGUUACUUACUAAGUUUUUCAGUUGGGAUUGUUGUUCAUUUACAAACAAGGAUGAUGAGAGAUCUCGUGUCAAAAUGCCCAAAUAAAAAUCUCAGACUUUA